UCUCUCUAACCUAACCUCAAACUUUGAAUCUCUCUCUCUAACCUAGAACCUAACCUCAACUCAACAAUUUGAAUCAAACAAAACACACAACAACUUGUUUAAGAAAGAUUUGUAUUUACUUACUGUAAAAUUUAGUUCUUAUAACAUUUGUCUUUUAUGUAACUGGGUUUUGGUAUGACUGUGAUGGGGAAAUUUCCAAACAAAGGCAAUAAGUUUUCUAAGAACCAAAAUAAGAAGAUAAAACAUGGAAAGGUUGAAAAGAAGGAAACAACUGGCAAGAGGGGUCGCUUGAUUGUGAGAAAUUUGCCAUUUAAGUGCAAUGAAGAUGAUCUCCAUAAUCAUUUUAAAUCAUUUGGAGAUAUCAAAGAUAUUCAACUUCUCCGAAGACCAGAUAAAAAGUUAGUUGGCUGUGGAUUUGUUGAGUACGUUUCAAGACUCAGUGCCACAAAGGCUGCAGAGCAAUUGAACGGAAAGGAGUUUUUAGGACGACCUAUCUACAUUGAAAAAGCUGUAUCAAGAGACAAUUACGAUGAAACCCAAAGUAAUGUGAUGAGAAAUGAGAAGAAUAGCGACACAUAUCCUAAUGAAGAAGAUGAAGAUGACAUGGAAGAAGAUAAAGAUGAAAAAAUCGUCACGUCCCAAGUUAAGGAGGAAGACCCCAGUUCAGAUGGUGAACAUGAUAACGGAGGCAAAAGAAAAGCUUCCAAGGAAAGAAAAAAGAAACAAGAAAACUUAACAAAUCUUAAAAAAGGGAGGCUGAUAGUUAGAAAUUUAUCGUUCAAGACAACAGAAGAAAAAUUGAAGCAACAUUUCUCUGAGUUUGGAGAAGUAACAGAGGUUAAGCUUCUUCGUAAACCAGACAACAGUCUCGUAGGCUGUGGUUUUGUACAGUUCAACAAGAAACUUGGAGCUGCUAAGGCAAUUCACCACACCAGUGGCAAACCCUUCCUAGGCCGACCGAUUAUUGUUGAUUGGGCUGUGGCAAAGGAUAGGUUCAAACAACUUCAAGAAGAAGCGGUUAAAAAGGAAAUAAAAAAAGAGGAGGAUAGUGAUGAAGAGACUAAACCUAUUGAGACUGUUGAUGUUACCAUAAAAGAAGAGAAAAUGUCUGAUAAGGACUCUGAUGACGAAAGUGAUGAAAACAGCAACAGCAGUGAUGAUGAGGGCAAUGAUGAUGGAGAUGAAACUAGUGAGGAUGAAAGUGAUGAUGAUGAAGAAGAGGAUGAGAAAAUCAAAGAGGAGCCUGAGGAAAUCAAAUAUCAGAGAAAAGAGGAUGUCGACGAGGGAAAAACUGUGUUUGUGAAAAACUUGCCGUUCUCAGCCACUGACGAAGAGUUCAAAGAGUGCAUGGAGAAGUUUGGGCCAACCUUUUAUGCUCUUGUUUGCAAAGACAAACUCACAGAACAUUCCAAAGGGUCAGGAUUCGUCAAAUAUAAGAACAAAGAAGAUGCAGAAAAGUGUUUAGCUGCAGGAACAGAAUUAAAACUAAAUGGUUCCAUCCUUGAUCCUCACCCUGCCCUCAAGAGAUCUGAUAUACAGAACAUAAAUGAUAAAUCAAAGGAUAAAAAAGAUAAUAGAAAUCUAUAUUUGGUCAAGGAAGGAAUGAUUGUAGCUGGCACACCUGCAGCUAAGGGUGUAUCAGUGGGAGACAUGGAGAAGCGACUACAGCUGGAGCAGUGGAAGACCACCAAACUGAGGAACCUCAACAUGUUAGUGUCCAGAAAUCGUCUGGUCAUCCACAACCUACCCCUUGGAGUAGCUGAUAGACAGUUACGGAGGAUAUUUCAGAAACACGCUGGUCCCACUGCUGUUAUUCGAGAGGCAAGAGUGAUGAGAGAUUUAAAUCAGUCCGAUGCAAAGGGGAGACCUGUUUCCAAGGGCUAUGGCUUUGUUGCUUUUGAGAAGCAUGAAGAUGCCUUGAAGGCCCUUAGAUCUAUCAACAACAAUCCUAGUAUCUUCAACCCAACACAAAGACCAAUAGUGUCGUUUUCAAUAGAAAACAAAACUGUGCUCAACGUCAAAACAAAGAGGCAACUGAAGAGUCAACAAAGAAACCCUCUGUCCAAAGACUACAAACCUGAUGAUGAUGGAGGGGAGACGGUAUCAAAAAAGAAUAAAAAGUUUAAAAGAGAAAUCAACAACUCCAACAAAGACCAACCUCAGCCGGAAUAUGCUGGUAUGGCUGCAACUCCCGGAGCUACUGUCAAGAUGAGGAAGAAAUUCAAGCUGCAAGACCAAGCACAGAAACACUUGAAAGACGUGAAGAAACAGAAACAACAGAUGAAGUUGAGUCGAAAAAUGAGGCGGAAGGAGCAUUUACAAAAGCAGAAGGUUGAAAAAGUUUCAUCAAAGAAAAAGAAGACUUUAGAAAAGGACGAAACAUUCAGUAAAUUGGUUGACAAGUACAAAUCAAAAUUACUAUCUCAAACUAACAAAAAGAAGUGGUACGAAUAAAGGUGCUUCUUACAUUGUUUAUUAUGAGACUUUGUUUUAUAGUUUUAUUUUUCCAAUUCUGUAUUUUGUAAAUAAAUGACUGUUUAUAAAG